AUGGAGUACAAAUUAGAAAUUUUGAGCUACUUGCUCAUGUUUAAAAAAAAAAAUGAACGAAUUGCAAAGUUCGACGAGCAAAUAAAAACCUGCAUUAACAUAUUCGAAAAGGUGUUAAUUGACGAAGAGGAAUUGGUUUAUCUGUUCGAGAAAAACAUUUUAGACAUUAACCCUUGUGUUCGCUCCCUAUGUUGGAAGCUAGCUUUAAAGCAUCUCAGUUUAAAUACGAGGAGGUGGCAUGAAGAGCUUGGCGAAAAGAAGAAGCUGUACGAGGAUUAUAUAAAAUGCUUUGUACUGAAUCCACUCAGGGGGGGGAAAACUGGCAUCGAGGGGGUAGACUCAGCGAAGGAAGCAGGGGAAGCUGAGAAAGCAGGGGAAGCUGAGAAAGCAGGGGAAGCUGAGAAAGCAGGGGAAGCUGACGAAGCAGUUGCAAGAGGGGCCAAAUUGGGGGGAGACCCCAAUGAAGACGCGUCCUCCACCUAUUUGGACGACGACUCAGAUGCGAACUUCAUAAACUCCGAAUUGUUCAGCCAAAUUAAUAAGGACACGUUUCGAACCAGACCCGAAUUGUCUUUUUUUAAUUUGAACCCGCAGCAGACGAUUAAUAAUAAUGUAAAAAUAUUGAACAGUUUAAUUAGUGUAGAACAGUUUGAAGAAGAGCCGGAAGAGGAAAUACCAUCUCUAGUCAACAUAAAUGAGAUGGGGGAAGGGCCCCCCGAGCAGUCAGAAUCCCAAGCGAAGAAUGCACAAGACAAAAAAGAAGAAUCCAUUAAUGGUGUGCGAAUUGGACAGCAAGACGAAAAUGAACAAAUUGUCCCCCUUGUGGAUGAAACUUCCCCAAAAUUUACAGCCAAAUUGAGGGAAAAAGCGAAAAUUUGCCAAAAAAAGAACAACUAUGAACACUCCUUUGGUGCCCAUUCAGCAGAUGUUUGCGACAUUGUUAACCCUAAAAGGCAUUACGAUCUGUUGUGUAGAAUUCUCUUCAUAUAUGCAAAAAUUCACCCCUAUGUUAAAUACGUCCAAGGGAUGAAUGAAAUUUUAGCUCCCCUAUAUUUUAUUAUUUUUAAUGACCCAUUAUGUAACUGCCCUGUGCAGGGAGAAGCGGAUACCUUUUUCUGCUUCAUCGAGUUAAUGCAAAAACAAAAAGAUGUUUUCUGUGAAGGGUUAGACAACACAGAUGAUGGAAUUAACGGAAAGCUAAAAAAGUUUUCCCUCUUGUUAAGAAUAAAAGAAUAUGAAAUUUGGAAAAAAUUGUACACACAGAAAAUAGAAACGCAAUAUUAUGCUUUAAAAUGGAUUCUUUUAUUACUGACACAGGAGUUUGACAUGGCGGACACUAUUAUAUUAUACGACCACUUCAUCAUUAAUAAUGAUGAGAAUUUCAUUUUGUACAUAUGUCUAGUCAUUUGUAUCAAACUGAAGAGUUCCAUUUUAUGUGGGAAUUUCACUGUGAACCUCAAACUUUUGCAAAACAUCCCUCCAUUUGAUCCUUAUGAUAUAAUUUAUGAAGCUAAAAGUUUAAUGAGCCACGAUUUUAAAAACAAGUUUAACAUCACAGAUGUGUAUAAUCAGUAUUAUGGACAAAAGAAAAGAAUCAAUUCUUUGGAAAGUCUACGAAAUAGUAGUAGUAUUGUCGAGGGGGACACAUCUUCUUAUGAAAAUGUCUCCACCAUGGACGAGGGAGAAAGUGGCAGCAGGCCCGGGUCACUACUCAAGUCCUUUGGCAAUAAAUCCAUUGUACAAAAUAUUAAGAAUUAUAUAAGUAACAAAAUGGAUAUUGCAAAAAGGGCCGAUGACCAUUUGGACUUGGACGAGUUCUAA